AUGGCCGUCGUUGAAACGAAAUUAUGUAGCUCGGAAUACCACCAAAUGAACAUAUCCAAUGUAACUAAUAAUGCAAUUCGGUUUUGUUUGUUCCUUCCAGCAGACAGUUACCAAUACCAGUUGCAAUCGAUGUGGCAAAAAUGCUGGAACACGAACCAAAGUCUCGUACAUAAUCUGCGCUUCCGCGAACGGGGCCCGUUGAAGUCUUGGCGGCCGGAAACCAUGGCAGAGGCGAUAUUUUCCGUGCUGAAAGAGGGCCUGUCGCUGUCGCAGGCGGCCAGGAAAUACGACAUACCCUAUCCCACGUUCGUCCUCUACGCCAACAGGGUGCACAACAUGCUGGGACCCUCUCACGACGGCGGAUCUGAUUUGCGACCGAAAGGCAGAGGCAGGCCGCAGAGGAUCCUGCUGGGCGUGUGGCCCGACGAGCACAUCAGAGGCGUCAUCAGAGCAGUGGUGUUCAGGGAUUCGCAUCAAAUCAAAGAGGAACCUCACCUAUCGUCAUAUCAAAGACUGCACAACAUGCCGGCAUCAAAUCGAGACCACGAAUCGCCGUUGAACGACAGAUUCCAGAAACUCAUGGUAUACCUCACGAAACUAACACACAGCGUACAGGUGAUCAGUCGAUUUUAUUUGCAGGACGGCGUGACAGUAUCGAACUACCCGAAUCAAAAUUCCUGCAGCAACGGCUCCGAUCCGAACGUGUCGCCGGGAGCGGCGGCGGCGGCCGCCGUCGCCGCCGUCGCCCAGGGCCUCAGGCAGCAGAUGUGCAGCAUGGUGGCGGCCGCUCACAACCAGAGCACCGCCCACGACACCAAUCCCGUCGCCAGCCUGGUCAAUUCGCUGGCGCUCGCCGGCCAUUGCGGCAACAUGUCCAUGCCGCCCAGCAACGGAGCACCGCCGAUGAGCCUGAGCCAUAUCGUAUCGAUGCGCAACAUCAGCAGCCCGGCCGGUAGCAUCCAGGACCUGAGGAUAAGCCCCGCCGAAUCGGCGAUGGAGAGCCCCAUAUCGUCGCCGCUCGGACUCACCGUCUCCAGUUCCAUGGAGCCCUCGAUCAACAUGCACAUAGGAAACAACAUGGACGUCGGCAUAGGCGUGUCUGGGAUGACAUACAAGCCUUCGAGGACGUUCACGUCGCCGAGGCCGGAGAAUCUCUUCCAAGAGGACAUCGACGAUUUGGUGAAGCCAAUGCAUUCUUCCACGCCGCACGCGAAAGACGCGAUGGCGACCAUAAAGUUGGAGCCGCUGGCGGAAUGUCGAGGCGAAUGA